AUGUCUGUCCGGCUGCACACGCUGCUGAUCCUCUGCCUGAGCUUCACACAAGGUGGUUGUAUGUAUCCUAACCACCACUGGGGAGAGUGGAACGACUCUCAGCUUCUGCCAACAAUUCAGAAGCUGAUGAAAGGAUACAACCGCUACCUCAGACCUAAUUUUAAUGAGGGGCCUGUGGAGAUUGGAAUGAGUCUUGAUAUCGCCAGCAUUGAUGCCAUCUCCGAAAUCAAUAUGGACUAUACUGCAACUAUCUUCCUCCGUCAGCGGUGGCGUGACUCCAGGCUGGUGUUUCCAGGAAAUGAGAGCGUCAGUGUGGACGGACGGCUUGUGUCACUGCUCUGGAUCCCUGACACCUUCAUCCCGGACUCCAAGCGUUCCUUCCUGCAUGACGUCACAGUGGAAAACCGCCUCAUACGCAUAUUCAGCAAUGGAACCGUUCUCUACGCCCUUCGCAUCACAGCUACGAUCGCCUGCAACAUGGACCUGACCAAGUACCCCAUGGACAGACAGGUGUGCACCCUGCAGCUGGAGAGCUGGGGCUACAACCUGCAGGAUGUGGUCUUCUACUGGACCAGAGGGAAUGAUUCAGUGAAGGGUCUUGACACACUGCGGCUGGCUCAGUACAGUGUGGAGACCUACUAUACUACAGUGUCAGAGGCUGUGUAUGAGACAGGACAAUACCCCAAGCUGGUGUUGCAUUUUGCGCUGCGUAGAAACGUGCUGUUCUUUAUCCUGGAGACGUACGUUCCCUCCAUUUUGCUGGUGGUUCUCUCCUGGGUCUCUUUCUGGAUCAGCCAGUCCUCUGUCCCAGCUAGAACCUGUAUUGGCGUGACAACAGUUCUGACAAUGACCACACUGAUGAUGGGCGCCCGAACUUCCCUGCCUAAUGCCAACUGCUUCAUCAAGGCCAUAGAUGUGUACCUGGGAAUCUGCUUUACCUUCAUCUUUGGCGCACUGCUGGAGUACGCUUGUGCCCACUUCUACACCAUGCAGAACCAGACCAUAGAGGAUUUACACAGGGAGCUUCUGAGAGACUUCAAUGAAUCCAAUGGAAACAGCUCCUUCCCCAUUGUCACCUCCACCCACCCAAACCAGUCUAUGGAGAUCGGCUCCACUGCAGAGGAGCCCAUGGAGCAGUCAUCGAACACUGACACUAGGAACAAUGCUGGAUCAAAAGAGAAUAUAUCAGGACAGGGCUGCGGCCUGUCUUCAUUGAAGGAUGCAUCACGUAGGGCAGCAUCUGUCUUCACUGUGGAAAAUCCACACAACAUUGAUCGCCACGCUCGCACUGUUUUCCCCACAGCAUUCCUCUUUGUCAAUAUCCUCUACUGGCUUUACUAUCUCUUUCUCUGA